AUGGGUCUGCCUAUUAAUAAUGCUUAUUAUAAUACCGAAGAAAAACUCACUCUGAAGGGAUACAAGCAGUACUGGUGCACGUUCAAGGACAUCACAAUCUCCUGCUACAAGAGCCGCGAGGAGGCCCACGGCACGCCGGCGCACCAGAUGAACCUGAGAGGCUGUGAAGUCACACCAGAAGUGAACAUUUCCGGUCAGAAAUUCAACAUCAAGUUGCUAAUUCCUGUAGCAGAUGGUAUGAAUGAGAUCUGGCUGCGGUGUGAUACUGAGAAGCAGUACGCUCAGUGGAUGGCAGCUUGCCGCUUGGCCUCCAAAGGGAAGACGAUGGCAGACAGUUCCUACAACUUAGAGGUCCAGAACAUCCUGUCCUUCCUGAAGAUGCAGCACAUGAAUCCUGAUCCUCAGAUCAUAGAGCCCAUCACCACCGACAUCAACCCUGAGUGUCUGGUGUCUCCACGAUACCUGAAGAAGUACAAGAACAAGCAGCCAGGCUUUGUCAGGGACUUGAUUUCCGGCCGUAUUUUGGAAGCCCAUCAGAAUGUGGCACAGAUGAGCCUCAUCGAGGCCAAGAUGCGCUUCAUACAGGCCUGGCAGUCCUUGCCAGAGUUUGGAAUGACCCAUUUUCUUGCCAAGUUCCAGGGUGGCAAGAAAGACGAGCUGAUUGGCAUCACCUACAACAGACUGAUCCGUAUGGACGCCAGCACAGGAGACGCCAUCAAGACCUGGCGCUUCAGCAACAUGAAGCAGUGGAACGUCAACUGGGAGAUUAAGAUGGUGACGGUGGAGUUCGCGGACGAGCCCAGUCUGGCCUUCAUCUGCGCCGAGGUGGACUGCAAAGUGGUGCACGAGUUCAUCGGCGGCUACAUCUUCCUGUCCACGCGCGCCAAGGACCAGAACGAGUCUCUAGACGAGGAGAUGUUCUACAAGCUGACCAGCGGCUGGAUCUGAGCGCCGCAACACUCACUCUGAUUCUGUCACACUUCUCACUUCUUCUUCUUCUUUAUCUCUUUUUAAACCACUCCAUCGUGGUCGCAUCAUAAUUGUUUGUUUGUUUGUUUGUUUGUUUUUUAAUUCUGUUUAUGCGCAUGAACGCGUUCCUAACACUAGCAGACAUGAAGCUCUGUUUCAGCAGAGCCGUUUACUGCGUCCCAGAAGUGAUUUGUUUGAGAUGAAGCAGUAGUACCCGAACUUUACACACAACCUAUAUCUAUGACCUUUGACCCUCAGUAGAAACACGCCAGCUUUGUGCACAGCAGAAAUGCCGGUUAUUUAUUUGUCACUAAUUUACGUUGCGUCUCUCUGGUUAGAUGCCUGUUAAUCUGUAAUGAUAACGGUCACUUUAAUGUGACAUCAUAGAGACACUAGAGAAGGAAAUGUUACACUAGCUUUAACGCUGCUGCUUCUGAACGCCAUCGAGCGAUGAGUAAAGACGCUACGCUUCAGCUCGGCAGUCUUUGGUCAAAAACCCAGUCAGUCUGGUCCUUUCUAAGCACUUGGAAGAUAGGCUGUCGCUUGAAGGUUCGUGUGUUCAACACUACAUUACAUGUAACGACGCAGAUAUUUUUUACACUAUGAAGGAGACUCGUCCACUUUUUUUGUAGCAGCUUGCAACACAGGAGAAUGAUUAUAAAUCAGACUGCUUUUAAAGUUCACUGAUUUCCCCUUGUAGGAAGUUUCUUUUUAUUAUGAAGUCUGUUAUUUUAUUCAUCACUCUUUAUUGUGAACCAGUAUAGUAUUAUUCAAAAGCGUGUCUUUAAUACGCACCAGCGAUAGGUCACAAAACAUGCAAUUUCCUUUUUUUUUUUUCUCCACAAUGAAGGAUCGCUAAAUGAAGUAUUAGAUUUGGUUUUGUUUUUUGUAUCUAAUGUAAAAAACACAGGUUUUAAAAACAACAUUGUACAGUUAUUUUUCUGCUGCUUUUUUUCUGUAAUUUUUGGAAGCGUAUAUUUUCCAGAAGAGAGGGGAAAAAGCCAUUUUUUUUAAAUUUAUGGAUUGGUGCCUGUCGAUCUUAAGGACUUUUAGAAAUAUAUAUAUAUAAGUGCAUAUGAAGAAUUGCAAGAAGUCUGGAGCUCCCGGCAGGAAUAAAAUCAUGUAGAUUAUGGCAUUCUUCAUAUCACUGAUGAGAAGGAGCUUCUGGUGGUUUUAUUUAGUUUUUGCUGCCCACACUUGUUGGAUUCUGCUGCAGGAGCGUGGGUCAUACACUUCAACACUAAUGAAGCGCAGCAGAAUCACUCUUUCUGUGCCUUUUCAGUGCAUCACUUCUCGUCAGUAUUGUCUCCUGAUCUUUCUCCAUAUGAAGGUGGUUUCGGAGCCAGAAAUAAAGAUAUUAUUAUUUUUGUUUGUUCAUUUGGUUUUGUUUUCUCAGAUGCAGCAGUGCAUUGCAUGGCCUGCUGUUUUAAGAUUGUAAAAAUGCCAUUUACCUGACAAAUAAAUAAAUAAAAUCAUUUUUAUUUAAAAUCA